ACACAAACAACAUACUGUACUUUAAAUACGAAAAAGUCAUGGUUUAAAAAUUGUUUUUGAAAUAAACUAACGAAUUUUCAAACAUAAAAAUUUGGUGCACUAAAAUGUUGUGAUAUAAUGAAUAAUUAUGUAAUUAGAAUAAUUAUUAUCUAAUAAUAAUUAAGUAUGGCCGCUACAUUUCUGACACCAAACAGGCAUGGCUAUAGUGUACGUUUUUCUCCGUACAAUCCUUCACGACUGGUUGUGGCCACAAGUCAAUAUUUUGGAUUAGCCGGUGGUGGAACGCUAUUUGUAUUAGAGCUUACACCAGAUGGAAAAAUAAUUGAAAUACAAACACAUCAAUGGUCUGAUGGAUUAUUUGAUGUAGUUUGGUCGGAGAAUGAUCCCAAUUUAGCUGUAUCGGCUAGUGGCGAUGGUGGCUUACAAUUAUGGGAUCUUUCACAUUCUGUCGGUGAUACAAACAGUGGUGCUGGAGGUCCUGAACGGCCUCCAAGAAUUUUAAGAGAGCAUAAAAAAGAAGUAUACAGUGUCGAUUGGAGUCGAACGCGAACUGAACAUUUAAUUUUAAGUGCUAGUUGGGAUUGUACAGUGAAAUUAUGGGACCCAACUCGAACACAAUCUUUAAGCACAUACACGGGACACUCUCAACUUGUUUAUAACGCUAUGUGGUCUCCACAUGUUCCCAAUUGUUUUGCUUCAGUGUCUGGUGAUGGUACACUGAAAUUAUGGAAUUCGUUAAAUACUCAACGGGCUAGUGCAACAUUAAAGGCACAUGAUGCUGAGGUAUUAUCAUGUGAUUGGUGUAAGUAUGAUCAAAACAUUUUAGCAACUGGUGGUUCAGAUGGAUUAAUUCGUGGAUGGGAUUUAAGAAACUUCACACAGCCGAUAUUUGAACAAAAGGGUUGUGAAUAUGCUGUACGAAGAAUACAAUUUUCACCACAUAAUUUAAGCGUAUUAGCUUCUGUUAGCUAUGAUUUUACAACACGGAUUUGGGACUUUAAACAAAGUUCCGAAGCAAUUGAAGUUAUUAAACAUCAUUCCGAAUUUGUGUAUGGAUUAGAUUGGAAUACACACAGGCAAGGACAAAUUGCCGAUUGUGGAUGGGAUAGUUUAGUUCAUGUAUUUUCUCCUAGGUGUCUUGCACAAAUGCCUAGUUAAUCUGAUUUUUAUACCAAACUUUCAUUACGUUUUUAAAUUAUUCUUUUAAAAUUGGAUUCUGAGGGGUACACCUUCUAAAAUUAGUGUCUGGUCUAACUUUUUAUUAGACUAUUUGGAUGUAAUGGAAGUUUUUUAGGUUUUCGACUUUUAACAUAAUCGUGAAGCAAUAGUUUUUCGAUAAGUUUAGUUGUCUUGUUAAAAAUGUUUUUAAGUGUUCCGUACAUUUAUUAAAAAAACUCAAUCGUCGAGGGUUUCUUAAUUUUUUUUUUACCCGUCGGUGAGUUUGUUUUGAGGUAUGGAACAAUAAACCCUUGAGAUCCGUCGUUUUCUCUUAUGUUUUUAAUAAACUUCUUCGUAGCUUAAAGAAUGAUAGUUGAUUGUGACAGUCUAGUGAUUAAAAAUAAUCACGUGUAAAUAAGAAAAAAAUAAUAAUAAUGAAAAGUGCAAUUAAAAAUAAACCAAUUUUGCAAAAUUCAAAAUUUAACUUAU